AUGUUGUACACUCCGUUAGCAAUAUACAGACCAGGAUCGUCUACAUUGACUAGCAGUUUUUUCAAAAAGUUUCGUCAACUUUUCGAACUCCUUACACAGUUUAACGGACAAAUUGCUAUUUUUGGUGAUUUAAACAUUCAUUUAGAAAAUCCCAGCAACGCUCAUGCGUCAUCAUUCAAACUGUUGUUAUCGUCAUUUGGUUGCACUCAACACAUAGACUCUCCUUCUCAUCGGAUGAGAGGUCAACUGGACGUCAUCAUCACCAGAUCGGAGUAUGAAGUAUUCAAUGUUCAGGUUGACCCGCCCGUCGUUUCAUGCUCGAUGGCUGCUACCUCAGCUUCUCCAUCUCUUUCAACCUGCAGACGUGUUUGGAGCUACAAAAAGAUAGAUCGAGUUAAAUUUAGAAAUUCACUUAUUGAAAGAGUCUGUGGAGCAUACUCGGCUUUCAAUGUAAACAGACUGUUUGAUGUAUAUAAGGAAGCGCUCAGAUGUAUUGUUGAUGAACAUGCCCCGCUGAUGAAAUGGUUGAUCCGCCAGAAUUCAGGUCGACCGAUAGCCGUUUUCAACAGUUUGAGAGUAUUACGGGGCAUGUUCAUCAACAAUACGUCUGAGCGUUUCCUUAUGCAUUGUUGUUCUGACUCUUGUUGUCUUGUGUUGGUCGUGCGAAAGCCGAUCAGACUCGACGGCCCAGUGAAAACGGGCCAGGGUUGUGCGAAAGCCGACCGACUGACUGACAGGCCCAGUGAAAACAGGCCCUUGGUCGUGCGAAAGCCGAUCAGACUCGACGGCCCAGUGAAAACAGGCCAGGGUUGUGCGAAAGCCGACCGACUGACUGACAGGCCCAGUGAAAACAGGCCCUUGGUCGUGCGAAAGCCGAUCAGACUUGACGGCCCAGUGAAAACAGGCCAGGGUUGUGCGAAAGCCGACCGACUGACAGACAGGCCCAGUGAAAACAGGCCUUGGGUUCUGUGA